AUGGACAAAACCCAACAAGAAAUUGCACUGACCCAGCUAAGGAAAUCAGUUCAAAAGCUUGGUUCUUCCACGGAGAAGUAUGGGGAGCCAACACUGAUGAGAUUCUUGAUUGCAAGAUCAAUGGAUCCAGAAAAGGCAGCAAAGAUGUUUGUACAAUGGCAGAAAUGGAGGGCUGUAUUUGUUCCAAACGGGUCUAUCCCAGAUUCUGAAGUUCAAGAUGAAUUGGGACCAAGAAAGGCCUUUUUGCAGGGGUCGUCAAAGGAUGGAUAUCCACAAAUUUCAUAUAAGAACAUUGAUGCGCGUGGAUUGAUCACUGGAUUUCAACUUUUGCAGGCUUACUAUCCAGAGCGUUUGGCAAGGUGCUUCAUUUUAAGCAUGCCAUGGUUCUUUGUUAGCGUCUGGAGGAUGAUUUCUCGCUUCCUGGAGAAGGCCACAUUGGAAAAGGAAAUUGGUGAAGAAGUCUUACCAGAAGAGCAUGGUGGUCGAGCAACACUUUUAGCAGUCCAAGAUGUCACAGUGCCACCGUUGGAGGGUUGA